CUAUAGUGGCUAUAUAUCCGCUACAUAAGUUAUAAAUGAUUAUACAUGAAACACCGAAUAAAUCUUCCCAUCCUUCGUCACUCCUCCAUUGUCGACUACCAUAGCUCAAACCUUCCAUCAAUUCCAAACCCUAUAAAGCUAAAAUCAAUAAAUGGAUUCACCCACUUCAUCAAAAAGUUGGAGCAUUUAUGGAAGAAAAGAAAUCACAACUAAAUACGAAAUCCAUGAAAAAAUUGGCUCCGGUGCAUAUUCAGAUGUUUAUCGCGCACAGCGCAGAUCAGACGGUUAUCCUUUCGCCUUGAAAGAGAUCCAUGAUUACCAAAGCGCAUUUCGUGAAAUCGAAGCUCUUCAAACCCUAAAAAAUUGCCCAAAUGUAGUCAUUUUACACGAGUAUUUUUGGAGGGAAGAUGAAGAUGCUGUUCUUGUUUUGGAAUAUUUAAAGACUGAUUUAUAUUCUUUGAUAAGAGAAGCUAAAAAGAAUUGGAAAGAUGGGAUUUCUCCUGGGGAGAUUAAGAGAUGGAUGAUUCAAAUUUUACAUGGUGUUGAUGCUUGUCAUAGGAAUUCAAUUGUUCAUCGUGAUCUUAAACCGUCUAAUUUGUUGAUUUCUGAUGAUGGGGUUUUGAAAUUGGCUGAUUUUGGUCAGGCAAGGAUUCUCUUGGAGCCAGGCUUUGUGGCAUCAGCUGACGAAUUGCAACACAACGAGCAAAACGCUACUGCUGCAAGCCAGUCAUAUACACAUCAACACUCUGAAUUCGUCAGCAAUGACUUGAGUGAACAGGCAUGUGGAACUGAGCAGCAAGGUAUCAAAACCAAAGAAUUAGUUGAGCGGAAGGCUAAAACCGCUGCUACAGAUGACACCGAUAAUGAUUCAAACAUCCCCGAUGGAGAUAACUCGUGUCUUGCCACUUACACUAUGAGUGAAGUCGAAGAUGAUCCCUUCAAAGGUUGUCAUACAUAUGAAACCGAUGAAGGAGGGGAAAACUGGUAUGGUCCUUUAACUUCAUGUGUUGGGACUCGAUGGUUUAGAGCUCCUGAAUUGCUCUAUGGUUCGACAAACUAUGGAGUCGAAAUUGACCUCUGGUCAUUAGGGUGCAUCUUUGCCGAGCUUUUCAGCUUAGAACCUCUCUUUCCUGGGGUCUCGGAUAUUGAUCAGCUUGCUAGAAUUUUUAACGUUUUGGGUAAAUUAACAGAGGAAACUUUUCCCGGUUGUUCAAACCUCCCGGAUUAUAAAAUCAUUUCGUUCUGUAAGAUAGAAAAACCUGCCGGGAUAGAAUCUUGUUUACCAAACCGUUCACCGAAUGAAAUCCUUAUAGUUCAGAAGCUUUUGUGUCUUGAUCCUGCAGGUAGAGCUACCGCAAUGGAGCUGUUGCAAGACAAGUACCUAACGGAGGAUCCUUUGCCAGUUCCGGUUCCUGAGCUGAGAGUUCCAUCGACUAUAUGUGACAGUGAUGAGGAUUCCCCAGGUGAUCGGUUUGACUUCUGGGAAACAGGUUCAGACUCGGAUUUUGAUGAAUAUGGUGGGGUAAAUGUAACUAAAACUGGCAAUGGUUUUUCGAUUCGCUUUGACUGAAGAAAUGGAGACCUCAAGUACAUGUAUUCUUAGAAUACAUGUUCUUCAAUUUUGUAUGUAUCAAUGCAACCUCCAUAAUAUCUUGUUGGAGGCCAUUGAACAAGUUGAGGUAUUUUUGAAUAAAAAAAAAAGGAAAUUGGUGUUUAGGUUUC